GGGCUCGCUGCUCGCUCCGCAGCUCGCCAUGGGCAGGAGGCGGCCGGUGGGGCUGGCGCUGGCCCUGUGGGGCUGCCUGCUGUGCGGCUGGGCAGCGGGGCGCUCCAAGGUGAACCCCAGGAUCAUCGCAGCUCCCCAAGGUGCAAAGGAGUAUGUGUUCCCCAGGAGUGAGAAGUACCCAGUCUUCUAUCAUAAAGAAAACACCUCGGCCAUCUACAUUGGGGGAGAAGGAAAGCUUUACUACUAUGACUUUGCAACCUAUGAGAGCUACGUGGAAGACUUCCCAGUGAAAAAUGGAGGACAGUGCAUGAUGCCUGGGAGCUCGGAGGACAAUAAGAAUUACCUUACCUUAGUGGAGAAGUAUGGAGAUGGGAUGUUAGUGUGUGGCACCGGUGCCUGCUCUCCCACCUGCUGGAACCUGACACAGAGGAAGGAGAGCACCCCAUGGGAUGGGAGAGGCAUUGCUCCUUUCACCCCCGACUCGAAUACCCUCGUCGUUGUUGAUGGUCACGACAUCUACUCCACCAUCAAGAAGAGCCAGCAGAACGGCAAGAUCCCCCGGUUCCGUCGGGUGAGAGGGGGAGGAGAGCUCUACACAAGCGACACGGUGAUGCAGAACCCUCAGUUUGUCAAAGCCACCACAUUAAGGCACGAAGAGCCUCACCAGGACAAGAUUUACUACUUCUUCCGUGAAGACAACCCGGAUAAGAGUCCUGAGGCCCCUAGAAACAUCUCUCGAGUGGCCCAGCUGUGUAAGGAAGAUAAAGGGGGAACCGGUUCUCUCUCUGCUUCCAAGUGGACCACCUUCCUGAAGGCCAGCUUGAUUUGUGUCGACCCAGUCACCAAGGGCAACUUCAACUGGUUGCAGGAUGUCUUCUUUGUCCCUGCGAGUAACUGGAGGCACUCCAAGGUCUAUGGGCUCUUCACAAACACCUGGGGAAGCUCUGCUGUUUGUGUCUAUUCCUUUGGGGACAUUGACAACGUGUUUCGGACCUCCAAACUCAAAGGCUACAAUGGUCCCAACCCAGAGGUCAAGCCUGGGCAGUGCGUUUCCUCUGGCCAGCACACCCCCAGUGAGACCUUCAAGAUCGCUGACAGCCACCCGGAGGUGCAGGACCGCGUGGAGCCCCUCUCCCCCACCAAGAGCCCCCUGUUCCACAACAAGCACCGCUACCAGAAGAUCGGGGUGCACGAGGUCUCGGCGGGCGACGGGCGCCGCUACAACGUGCUUUAUCUGGCAACAGACAAAGGAUCCAUCCACAAGGUCGUGGAGCUGCCAGACGGGGUGCAGAACAUCAUGGAGCUCCAGGUCUUCCCCAAGAAGGACCCAAUCCAGUCCAUGAUCCUGGACCACAAGAGGGCGAUGCUGUACGUGGGCUCAACAGACAGAGUGCUGGAGGUGCCCAUGGCCAUGUGUGGGGCGUAUCGCAACAACUGUGACAGCUGCCUGCUGGCCAGGGACCCGUACUGCGGCUGGCUCAAUGGCUCCUGCCGGUCCGUGUACCUGAACCGGGAGGUGCAUCAGAACCUGAACCUGGACCCGUGGCAAGGGAAGUGCCAGAAGGGGGACAUUAAGGAAGCAGAUGACUAUCAGAACAUCACAGUGGUCCCUUUCUCCCGCUACUACCUCAACUGCCCCAUCGAGUCCCACUAUGCCACCUACAACUGGUACCACAACAACAGCCUCAUCAAGACCUGCAACACCACCCACCCCCAGCAGGACUGCUUCCACUUCAUCCAGAACGUGAGCCACAUCCACUACGGCCACUACGUCUGCAUCUCGGAGGAGGACGGCUUCAAGCAGGCUCUGGUGAAGGAGCGCCUGGUCAACCAGCUCAGGUUCAUGUCCCAGAAGGGCCAGGCCACCAUGACCUUCGCCUCUUGGCUGCAGCUGCUCCUGAUGAUGGUGUUGGUGGAGCUCUUCCACUGACCACCAUGGGGCUGCGUUCCCACCGUCCUGGCUGCUGCUGCUGCUGCUCCUGCACUUGCUGUCUGCUCCUGAGGCGACUUCUUUUAGUCACUCCUUGGACUGCCUGUCCCCAAAGGGGUCUUGGGCAGCAGCCUCUCCAUCGUUGGCUGUGGUGGAGGAGGCAUGGUGAGGAAGAUGGGACUGCAGGGCCAGCUGGAGCAGGGUUUGGGGACAGGGAGGGAAGGGAACAGGUGGGGGACGUUCACUGUGCCCAGCAGCAUGGUGUCAGCUUCCCCGCUGUGGACUGUUCAGGGGACUCCGGCCAAUGUGCAUGCACUGAUCCUCAGGGCACGAUGACUCCUCUCUUUAGGAACGUGCAUGUGAUGAAGAAGAGGAGCCAGCCCUUGGCCUUUGGAACUGGUUGAUCUAUGCUUCACUCCAAGUGGGGACUGAUGCCUCCUAUUUUUUGUGGCUAAUGUUAGGGUUGGAGGCAGCUGGAAUACUCCCAGUGUCGCAUGUGAAUCCCCUUCUGGUCUGGAGACUUGGGCUCUGGAAAGGGUUGAGGGUAUGGUUUCAUUUGAUUUCUGUUUUGCAGCUGGCUUUGAUGUGGAAGGGAGCCUGGGAGCUCGCGCUGGAAGCCUGCAGCGGCAGGCCCGCAGUGAGCGUUUUGCAUGGAAAAGCCUGGGAAGAUGACUAGAUUUGGGGUGUGGGGAAGGACAGACCGAAGGGGACAGGAAGGGAAGGUGGAAGCAGAGCCCAAACCAAACCCAGGAGGCCCUGGGAAGGAGUUUGAAACGCACAAAUCCUCUGCAGGCAGCUUAAGGGCAUUUCCGUGUGGGCAGCGGGCAGCGCCUGCUCCCUGCGCCUCUCCUAAGGGAGAGGGACCGGGCUUCCUCAGGGAUGGAGGCAGCAGGCGGCUGAUCUCAGGGCGAUGCUGAUGGGCUCGGGGUGCUGCCACGGCUCCCCCACCGCCCCGAGCAGCUCUGCUUCUCUCCCUCACCAUGAAGGGACCAGGGGCUUUGCUUCCCUUGGGCUUUGAGGUCUCCAAGCAAGACUAAACUGUGAAAACCGGGAUGUUCUCCCUUGCGCCUGUGGGCAAUGGGGCGAUCCCACACCUUGUCCAAACCUUCCCCAGCCUCGGGCUGUGCAGCAGGGGGGGGGGACACAUCCUAUCUAAUGCUUCCAAUAACCUCUCCCAGCAGCACAGCUCCUGCUUCGUGCCUGCUCAGGGACACUCAGGAGUGCCCGAGGGGUCUUUAUGGCAAGGGGAGAGAUGCCCCGUGUCUCUCGUGACUGCAGACUGUGGACAACGGGCCCAGAGCUUCCUACUGCACUACAUUUCCAAGAUACCCCCCCCCCCCCCCCCGAAUCUAGGAUAGAGCUUCCUUACAUCCCUUCUCAAAGCACUUUAACUUUGUGAACUAACAAAUACCUAUUUAUUAUCAACUGGUGAUUACUGCACUUGUAUAAUUUUAUAAUACUCUAGAAGGUGGGUCCAAAUUAGAGAAGAGGGGAAAAAAAGCAAACAAACCACAAACAGCUACCAAAAAACAAACCAACAACCUUUCAGAGCUGUGACCAAAGUGAGAACGUGACCGCUCAAAUAAAGAAUGGAAAAGAGCAGGAA